ACGCACUACACAAACUAAACAUGAAGUUCCUCAUUGUCUUCGUUGCUCUCUUCGCUCUGGCCGUGGCUGGUCCUACAUCGCAUGGCGAGGCCCAGAUUGUUAAGUUGGAUUCCGAUGUCCAGCCCGACCAUCACGCAUAUGUCUCUGAACUCAACGAUGGUACAUUAAUCGUGUCCAAUGGUCAGUUGAAGAACGCCGGUACUGAACACGAGUCUUAUGAACAUCAUGGUAGCUACUCCUACGUUGGCGAUGAUGGUCAGACCUACACCGUCACCUACACUGCUGAUGAGAACGGUUUCCAGCCCUCGGGUGCUCAUUUGCCCGUUGCUCCCCAGGCUUAAGAAGCGCAAUGAUAACUAAAUAAAAAU